AUGAGGAGAUUUUUGGUUGAUAGAGCAAGUAUUGAGAAUGUGAAUGUUGUGCAACCGGAAGCCGAAUUAGAACCGCCACCUAACGUAGUUAAUGAGUUUAACCCAAAUGAGAUUGUGCGCGAUCCAGGUCAUAGGAAACAAAUUAAUGAGUAUGCUUCGGAUAUUCAAGAUCAGGUGAGGAGGGCAUAUAUAUUGAAGGGUCCAAUGCAACCAGAUUUGCCAAGCUUUCCUCGUACUCCAUUUGGAAGUGUUUCUAGAGCAUUUAGUAAAUCAUGGUAUAAGAAUUACACAUGGUUAGAAUACAGUGAGAUCAAGGAUGCAGCUUAUUGUUUUUAUUGCUUUCUCUUUAAGCAACCCGGGAGGGCCGAGCACUUUGGUUUUGAAGUCUUCACUAAAAGCGGGUAUAGAGAUUGGAAGCAUGCAUCUAAAAGCUUGAAAGAUCACGUUGGUAGUCAUAACAGUUUACACAACUCAUGUGUCAAGCAUUACGAUGAUUAUAAUAAUCAAAGACAAAGUGUGGCAAGUAAGUUUGCUAAAGCAACCAAGGAAUCAGAAGAAUUGUAUAAGAUUCGUUUGACUUGUUCUGUAGAUUGUUCAAGAUAUCUCAUGGCACAAGGCAUGGCUUUCCGUGGUCAUGAUGAAUCCUCUACUUCUCUAAAUAAGGGAAAUUUUAGAGAGAUGGUGGAUUGGGUAAAAUCUUCGAAUGAACAAGUGAGGGAUGCUUUUGAUCGUGGUGGAAAAAAUUGCACAAUGACAUCCGGUGACAUUCAAAAAGAGCUUGCAACCUGUUGUGCACAUGAAGUUACCAAGGUGAUACUGGAAGAGCUUGGUGAUAGACAAUUCUCUGUGCUUAUUGACGAGUCACGUGAUAUAUCCGUCAAAGAGCAAAUGGCAGUGAUGUUGAGGUUAGUAGUUGUAUUUUCCAAUUUCUAA